UUUAACUACAGUGGGGUUAUUGAAGAUAGGAGUAGACGGACUUACAUAUGAUUAUAAUUAUUGAAAGGGAUCGUUAAAAAAUCAUUCGGUUCUCAAAAUAAUCAAACGAUUAUUUAUUUAAUUAAAGUAACUAUUUCUUCUUCAGAAUCUUUUGAAUAAUUAGAAUUAUAUAAAUAUUGUCAUAGUUCCUUUCUUUGAGCUAAGCGAGGAAGCCCAUAGUGCAAAAGGCUAAAAAAGAAAAUUACCCCACAAAAAUCUCAUACCACUCUAUAGAUUCACCCUAUAGAUUCAACACUAUAGAUUCAAAACCAUCAUCAUGAUGAUUCCACUUAUCGAUGUAGAAGCUCAAGAUGAAAAUAUCGAGAUUCUUGUAGCUUUGGCAGAUGCUGUGAUUCACGAAACAUCACCAGAAAUUAUUAGACCUUAUGUACCAAAUCAUAUUUCUGAUGCAAAACUUGAACAAUAUAUUAAAACUUAUGGUAGACCAUCUCAAUUUCCUAAAUUUUUUGAACUUGCAAAGAGAACCAUAAAUAGUAAUCCUAUUCCUGCUACUCAACUGUUUGUUAUGUUAACUAAAGCUUUAGAUUCGAGAAUAGUUGCUCCAGCUUUAACAAACUCUUUGACUUUAGUUCGUGAUAUGUCUAUAGAGGAACGAGAAAAUUUACUUAAGAGUUGGAGAGAUUCUCCUAUUGCUCAAAAAAGACGAUUAUUUAAAGUAAUUGAAGCAUUUUCGAUUAGUAGUUUUGUUAAAUUAGCUUCUGACUUGCAUAAUGAAUUUACAGAUUAUCCUUCAAUUGAACUAAAAGAGAAAUUAUAUGAUACUCAAGUAAUUGAUGAUUUUAAGUAUACCAUGUUGGAAAAACCCAAACAAGUUGGACAUGAGUUAUACUUGCCCGACAUUGAUGCUAUUGUUAUUGGAUCGGGAUCUGGUGCAGGAGUUGUUGUUCAAACAUUAGCUGAACAAGGAUUUAAAUCUUUAGUAUUAGAAAAGGGUAAAUAUUAUACUAAUGAAGAAUUAAACUUUAAUGAUUUAGAUGGAUAUGAUAACUUAUUUCAAAAUCGUGGAGUCUUGGCAACUUCGAAUCAACAAAUGUUUAUUCUAGCAGGUUCAACUUUUGGUGGAGGAUCUACUAUUAAUUGGUCAGCUUCACUUAAGACUCCUUUCAAAGUUAGAAAAGAAUGGUAUGAUAACCAUAAAUUGGAAUGGGCUGCUUCAGAAGACUAUGAUAAAUGUCAAGACUAUGUUUUACAAAAAAUGGGAUGCAAUGCCAAUAAUAUUGAUCAUUCUUUAAGUAAUAAAGUUCUUUUAGAAGGUGGUAAGAAAUUGGGAUAUGCUUCUAAAGAGAUUCCUCAAAAUACUGGACUCCAUGAAAGUCAUAAAUGUGGAUUUUGUCAUACAGGUUGUAAAUUUGGAGCCAAACAAGGGUCAGUAAAUUGUUGGUUUAGAGAAGCUUCUUCUAAAGGUAGUAAAUUUAUGGAUGAAGUUAGAGUUUUACAGAUCUUACAUAGUAAUGGUAAAGCUACUGGAGUACUUUGUGAAGAUAUUAGUACUGGAGUAACAUUUAAAAUUACAGGUCCUAAAAAGAUAGUUGUUAGUGCUGGAGCCUUAAAUACUCCUUUGGUUUUAAAACAAUCAGGUUUCAGAAAUAGAAAUAUUGGAAAGAAUUUGAAAUUACAUCCAGUUACAGGAGUAAUUGGAGAUUUUGAUGAAAAAGUCAAUUCAUUUGCUCAUCCAAUUAUGACUAGUGUAUGUACUGAAGUUGAUGAUCUUGAUGGUGAAGCUCAUGGAGCAAAAAUUGAAACCCUUCUUAAUACUCCAUUUUUGCAAGCUACUUUUACACCUUGGAUAUCUAGUGAUGAAAUGAGAAAAGAUUUAUUAAGAUAUAAUCAUAGAGUACUUAUAUUACUUAUUACUAGAGAUAAAAGUAGUGGUAGUGUAAGUGUUGAUCCAAGAAGACCUGAAGCUAUUGAAAUUGAUUAUGAAAUUAAUAAAUAUGAUCGUAAUGCUCUUCAAAAAUCCUUCUUAACUGCCAGUGAUUUAUUAUACAUUGAAGGUGCCAAAGAAAUCAUAUUCCCUCAAGCUUGGAUGCCUAAAUUUAAAUCUGAUAAACCAAAACAUGAAAGAUCUAUUACUGAUAAAGAAUAUGUUGAUUGGAGGAAAGCUGCCGAAAAGAUUCCAUUAGAUUAUUUUGGAUGUACAUAUGGAUCAGCUCAUCAAAUGAGUUCAUGUCGUAUUUCUGGUAAGGGACCUCGUGAUGGAGCUCUUGAUUUACAAGGAAGAUUAUAUGAAUGCAAUAAUGUUUUUGUAGCUGAUUCUAGUGUAAUGCCAACUGCUAGUGGUGCAAAUCCAAUGAUUUCAACUAUGGCUAUGUCUAGAUACAUUGGUUUACAAAUUGCUAAAUCAUUACAACCAAAGGCAAAGCUUUAGAUUACGUUUAUUAAACAUUUUUUUUAAUUAUUAUUAUUUAACGUCCCAUUUAUGAAUCUCUUACUCUUAAAAUGAUAU